AUGAGGGUUUUCGGGCUGCUCGCUCUCGCCGGCGCGGCGCUGCUGCUGGCCGCGGCCGUCCCCGCGAGCGGCAGCGUGGCGUCGAUCGUCACGCGGGACACGUUCUACUCCAUGCUGAGGCAGGGCCACCACGGCGGCGGCGACGGCGGGUGCGACGGGGGCGCCUUCUUCUACUCCUACGACGCGUUCGUGGAGGCCGCGAGCACGCCGGACCUGGUGUCGACCGACCCCGUGGUGGCCUUCAAGACGGCCAUCUGGUUCUGGAUGACGCCGCGACAUGGGGCGCACAAGACGCCGUCGUGCCACGCCGUGAUGACCGGCGGCUGGAGGCCGUCGCGCAGGGACCGCCGCGCCGGGAGGCUCCCCGGGUACGGCAUGACCACCAACAUCAUCAGCGGCGGGCUGGCGUGCGGCAAGCGCCACGGCACGCCCCAGGGCAGGGAUCGGGUCGGGUACUACAAGAGGUGCUGCCGCCUGCUCCGUGUCCGGCUCGGCCGCAACAUGGCCUGCAUCAACCAGAAGCCGUACGGGCACGGUGGCUGA